AUGAGAGUAACAGUGUUACCGAAGAGCAAUUGUGAAUACCCAUCUCUUUAUUGCCCUCCCCCACUCACAAGACCCCAUCAUUACACCCAUCAACCACAAGGCACACGAAAUUCUUGGAUUUUGGAGGAGAAAAAUGAAAGCGCUUGUCCAUUUGGUUGGCAAUCGUCGGGAAGUGCCUGCGUUCGACCAUUUUUGAUAGCCAAGGAUAAAGAAGGCGCGCAAAAAGAAUGUGGACUUGCUGGUGGACGGCUCGUCUCACCCACUGAUUCGCUACUUAUUGGAGAUCUUGUCGAUCUUCUACAGAGCCUCUACGAUUUGGGAUUAGCUGAAACAACUUGGUUGCUUGGGUCGGAAGGAGAGGAUUUCACGGAAAAAGAGGCCGAUUUGUGGAGAACAUCCGCUUUGAGGAGAGAUCCGACCGGAGAAUAUAGAAUAACAGCCGUCCCAGCCUCAGCUGUUUAUCCCUUCGUCUGCAGUCUUUCACAUAUCGCAAGGAGAAGAUUAUUAUUUCAACAACAAUUGAUACCAAAAGGCGCUGUCCAUUUGAGCGGGAAUUCCCCGGCGUCAAUCUAUUUCUACCCGCGUCAACUAACGGAUUUUGUCGCUUUACCGUGCACAGCUGAGGGUCAUCCGACACCAAGAAUUACUUGGCACAAAAACGAUGUUGAACUAGUCUCAGCAACCGAUUCGAAUUCCUCAUUUCUUCUAUCGGGUGGCACACUUUUAGUUCCAGCGACUCCAAAUCUUGCGUACACGAAAUUUCACUGCACCGCCUCUAAUAAACUCGGCUCGGUUCGAGGCGCAUCCGUGUUGGUGAGAGCGGCUUUCGUGGAAGCAUUUGCAACAAGGAGAUUCGAUGCAUUCCCGUUAGCUGAUGGAGGAGCUCGACUUGAAUGCAUGGCACCAGCACAUCAACCAAGU